AAAAAUUAAUACCUACAAUUUCUUAGUUCAGUGUUUUUGUCUGUUUUUCUUCCAUACAUGUAAGAAAUUUAGCAAUUUUGUGUACAAAAAUUAUAAAAUUUCAAAAUAAUAAACAAAACGAAUGAUUUAUGAAAACAAAUGAGAAACAAAACGGAGAAUGAGAAACGGCAAAUAUUGAAAUUUAUUUUAAAAAUAUCUUUGACAUAAACUAGACAUAGUUAAAACGAUGCUAAAGUCCAAAAACAACAAACGCAGCUCUAAAUGAGAUCGAACGGAGUAUAGUGCCAAGUCGAGAUCACAAUGAUGAAUUCAGUAUGGACGCCCCUGUCUCGCCAGCCAGUCGCAUUUAGCGCCACAUUUUCAAAUUUUGAAUUCUGGACCGGUACCCUUUUAAUACUAUUCGCGUGUGAAAUGGACCUUCUGUACUUUCAUGUGCUAAAUACAUUCAAUGUGCAACUGUUUUAGAAAAUUCGAAGUUGAAUUUGGAAUCUCAUUCAGUGUUUUGAAAAUAGAACGCCAACGAGUGCCAGUGCCAACUUACUUGCGUGAACGAUUUGUAAACAUAAAACAUCUGAUCGAUUUCAAACGUGGAAUUUUGUGAUUUGUGACUCAAGUUUUUUUUUUUUAACAAUUUCAUAAUCGAUAGAUUAGUGAUGUGCGUGUAAUGCGUUUUUAAUUGAUUGACGCAAUGGCCGCUUAAGGAAUUAAUUUAUUAUUGUCUGAGACAAUGUUGAGUGCUCGUGUGAAAAACAACUUUUUGUCACAUUAACCUGUGGAUUUUUAGACAAUCAUACAAUGAAUCCCAAUCGACCAUUUUUCGGGUCCCAUUCUGACACUUCGGCCAUAAAUUUGAAACACAUGGUGACAGACCUCUUCACUCAGAUGCGGGAGCCGUCGCCCGGGACCGCGAGCCCCAAGGGCUCGACGGGGUCAUUGACCGGCGGCGCGGUCACCAAGAACAUCGGCUUCCAACAACAGAACUCCGAGCUGCCUUGGACCAGCCCCGCCAUAACGCUACCAGGGAACUGCAGCAGUAAUCUAACGAGCGAGCAGACUCAACUCGUGCGCAGUGUCAGUAACGCUUCAGCUCUCACGUCGCUCUGCGCUGACCUGUCGCCGUCUGAUUCUCACUUCUUUGAGGUGUUGUACAUAGGAAAAGUAAGGAUAUCGCAAAGGAAAGUUCCAGAAUCGUUAAUAGACGAUGCUCUGAUGAAGUUUGCUCAGCACGAAGCGGAGAAGAUGAAGGGGCAGAGGCGUCACAGUUUGUUGUCUUCCACUGGGACUUCCGUCUACAGUACUGAAUCAUCAGAAAAUUUGACUGACAGUAAACCUGAUAAAUUAAAUUUGAAACAAAGUCUGAUACCAAGCACUACUCCAUUAGAACCAGACAAAGCUACUCCUUGGAAAAGCACUGAAGCUCUCGCGAAAAAACCAAAACCAGAAACCAAUGAAAUCGACAAAGAAUUUGAUAUGUUCACCAAAGAACGAGUUGAAAUCAAAAAACAAACAGAGCAUACUAAAAAUAAUCUCGGUACUGUAAAUGAAGAUGAUGAAAAACAUGAUAUACACACAAUUAUAAGUGAAACUGCCACAUCUAUAAGCGAAUAUUGUAAAAAUACUAUUGAAGACGCAAAUAAAAUAGCUAACGAUGUUACUAUUAAGCCUAAGCCUUUAAAUUUAAAUUUAGAAGAUGUCUCUAAUGAUGAUGUUGAUUCUCAAAAAGAAAAAGUUGAUAGUCCAGAAAAGAUAAAGUUUAAUGAAAUAGCAAGACCAAAGAUUGAAGAAUUUAGUAAUAGGAGUUCCAUGCCUGAGAAUAAGCCGUUUUUGAGAGAUCGCUCUGCUUCUAUAGGCACUUUGAAUUCAAAGACUCCAAUAACGCAGUUGAUUGGGGAGCAGAAUAGGACCAUGCUAUUCCAAGUGGGCCGCUCUGAGCUGCGUCUCAUAAGCCCCGAUAGGAAACAGAUUCUUCUCCACCGCGCCUUCAGAGAUGUCGCCAGUUGUGUAUUGGGGAGGCUCAAUAAGGACCACUUUGGUUUUGUUUGUAGAGAGACUAACGAAUCCUACGCGUGUUUUGUCUUCAAGUGUGAGAGCGACUCUGUUGCUACUGAAGUGGUGAAUGCAAUCAAACAAGCGUUCGUAGCUCACGCGGAACUGCUGAAGAAGACCAGGGAGAAAUCUCCGAACAUGACCUGCGAGCAUUGCCCCCUGCUAUGGUACCACAGACUUUGCCACGACAUCGAGGGCAUGAACGAGAAGAAAUCUCACGCGUUUAUUCUCCGCCGCAUCGAGCAGUUGCCUGAUGAGGAACAGGAGAUCAUCAUCAUGAAGUACCAGGGCGGCACCAACCAUAUGUAUGAGGUUGCUGAACACAACGCCUUCCUGAUGAUGUUGCUGCGGGCUCAUUGCGAGGCCAAACAGUCCAGGCACGUCCAUGAUACUGCGGAAAAUAGAUCUGAAUUCCUGAACCAGUAUCUAGGUGGCAGCACAAUCUUUAUGAAAGCCAAGCGUUCUCUGUCAAGUGGGUUCGACCAUCUUCUGAAAAGGAAAGCAAGCAGAGACGAUGGUAAUCAGCCCCAGAUCAAAAAGGAAUCUUCUCCAGCCACGUCGUCAACAGCGUUGCCAUCUCCUGAACCUACCGACCUGCUAUCCCCAGACAAGGACAGAAGCAAGUCCCUGUCCCCGGCUGUGGUGCCUGUGGCCCCCUCUCAGGACACAAGUACAAGACCACUAGAUGGCGAACCACCUCCCUCUCCAAUGCAAGCCCCAUCGUCAGUACCGUCAGCAGAUGACGAAGAGGAGAAACAGGAACCAAGCACUCCUCUCAACUCUCCUAUGAUGGACAUAUUCAUGAAAGUCAGUGAUUCUAGACCAGCGACAACGGAGACGGGCGGCGAGUCAGACGGGACCUGGCGACAGGCCAUCUAUGAGAAGAUCAUACAGCAAGACGAGCCAGAAGGUGAAUCAAAGAAGCUUCUAAGCAUACCGUCAGCUCCUCCCGGCAAGCGGACGAAGGACCAACUCAGACAACUGUGGAAGAUGGCUAUCGACCAGACCAUACUGCUCGUGAGAAUGGAGAAGGAAAAUGCUAGGUUGAGAGAGAGCGAAGAAUCAUCCGCAGUACGACGCAUAAAGCUGGAGUACACCGAGCUGGGUGUGUGUGACGCCGGUGUUACCCUAAUGUGGGACUCCAUAGCCCACCACCACGGGGCGAGGCCCGUCUCCAAAGUGGACCACCAUAUGUUGACCCAAGCUGUUAUGCAAGGUGUGCCGCGGAUGUCGCGCGGCGGCGUGUGGCGGCUGCUGGCGGAGCAGCAGAGCGCGCGCGCGCCGCCGCCGGCCGCGCGCGCGUGCCCGCGCUACCGCGCCGCCUACCGCGCGCUGCUCGCCGGCCUCACCAAGCACCAGCACGCGAUACUCAUUGAUCUCGGGCGAACAUUCCCAAAGCACUCGUAUUUCGCAUCAGCCCUCGGCCCGGGGCAACUAGCCCUUUACAACAUACUCAAGGCAUACUCGCUACUGGAUCCGGAAGUCGGCUACUGCCAGGGGCUGAGUUUUGUCGCCGGGAUACUGUUGCUUCAUAUGGAAGAAGCGGAAGCGUUUGUAUUACUCCGACAUCUAAUGUUCAGAAGAGGGCUGAGAAAACAAUACUUGCCUGAUAUGAGCGCUUUGCAAGUGCAGCUGUACCAAUUGUCCCGCCUGCUGCGCGACCACGAGCCGGAGCUGCACGCCAAGCUGGAGGCGCUGGACAUCUCGCCCGCGCUGUACGCGGCGCCCUGGAUGCUCACGUUGUUCACGAGCCAGUUCCCGCUGGGCUUCGUUGUUAGAGUGUUUGAUUUUAUUUUCCUAGAAUCAUUAGAUGUGGUAUUCUCCUUCUCACUCGCUCUUCUAUCGGUGCACAAAGAUGGACUUAUGUUAUGUGAGAGCUGUGAAGAAGCAGCUGAAUAUUUGAAACACAAACUGCCUGAUAUGGACCGUGUCAUCUAUGACAAGGUCAUGAAGAAGGUUUACGCUCUUGAUAUAAGUCGUCAACUCAACGACUACGCAGUCGAGUACGCUGUCCUUCGAGAAGAAAUGCCAAGACUUGCAACACUUACUGAAGAAAAUAGACUAUUGAACGGUGAUAAGAUUAGAAUGUCCGAGGAACUUGAUUCGGCAAUGGACGCAAUUACAAACUACCAGAAAUCGCAAGCAAAAAUUGAAUCGCAGAACAAGAUGAUGGAGCAGCAACUAACACUACUCAGCCGGUACAUCUCAACGCAUCACAAACAAGAACUGCCCCCAGAGAUCAAGAAAAUAGUUCAAGUACACAGCAAGAAAUUGUCAUUUGGCUCAAAGAUAUUCGCUUCGAAAUUCAAUGCGAACGAAGAAGAUGAAAAACCUUUCAAAACUGGUGUCAGUAGUCCUAACCUAUUCUCAAAAAUCAAUAGAGAUGAUAUCCUGAACGCUGUCAAUGCUGAUAAGAAUAAAAAUGAUAAUGGAAGAUUUAUAAUGAAGAAAUCUCAAUCAGUACAUUCAGGACUGAUAGCUAAUAAUUUGAAAAAUUAUCCACUGAAAGUCCUUGAAGAGAAAAAUGAAAGUCCUAAUAAGCGAUCUGAGAGUUUAAGAGCUGAUAGUAUAAUAACUGAAAGUUUAAAGGAACUAGGGAAGAAAAACACUGGCUUUUUUGCCAGCACACAUGAGCAAAUAAGACAAGAAAGAUUAUUCGAGCAACAAUUGAAGCAUGACUUUGAUGAGAAUCUCAAAAAAAUCGAUAAAGACACAAAAUCUUUCAACGAUGAUUUAUGUAUGUUUCAGAGUAGAAAAAGUAUGUCUUUAAAUUUAAACCCUAGUGCUAAUGUUAAAAUGAACGACAGUGGAUUCGUCACUCCGCUAAGUCCUACAGAGAAGGAUAGAGAUAAUGAAAAAAGAGAUGACGUUUCAAUAAUUUCUCACCCGCUUAGUGACCUAGAUGUGGAUAUUAAAUUUGACGGUCAAUCUACUCAAAUUAAACAAAUAAGACCUAUUAAACUUAAAAGUGAUUUUAGAAAAUGAAGUAAUAGUAAUAUAUACAGAAUAAUAAUUAAAAGAAUAAUUUUGCUUGUAGACAAAUGUGUGCAUGAUAGUCGCUAACACUAUUUGAAAAUAUAAUUUAUAUGAUUCUAUCGCUUUUGAUCAUCAUCUUAGACACAAGGGCAGUGCUGGACAUAGGCCUCAAUUUAAAAUCAAUUGUGAAUCUGAAUCCUUUGUUACCCUCGAAUCACAGCGACUAAUAUUAAACCUAAAAAUGUUUUAGUUUAUUAAGGGCUUAUCGCUUGCUGAUAAAGUAUCUGAUAAUAGUCUGAAAAAUUGAGUUUCACAAGUGUUGGUAAGGGCUAACUGGCCAAUCAUAUUAAGCAGAUUUAUCUAGCAGUUAAUUUUAUCUGUCAGAUUACAAUAUAAUCUUUCAUCAGAAAGUGAUGAAACGGAACUUAAUGUAUUUUUUUAAAUAUUACAAUUGUAUUAUAUGCAUUGGUAUAUUUCAAUAUUAUUAUUGCUGUCUAUUAACGUAUUAAAAUCCAAGUGUUCAUAACAAUCUUUGAAUUGAUUUUAUAUGAACGUAAUUUAACGUAGUGUCUUAUUUUUAGUGAUAUCAUUGUUUAGUUACAAUCAAAUCAAUAUUUUGAUAUCUACGAUGGGUUAAAAACGUAGCUAUUAUAUUUUUUUAAAUCAAUGGCGUCAAUAAAAAUAAUAUGUUGAUAAAAUCAUGAAGAAAAAUAGGCUGCAAGAAAGGACAAACUCAAGAAGUGCUGGCUUGAUGUCGUCGAGGAUGAUACGCGUGACAAUGGUCUGACAACUAGCGAUGCCGACGACCGUGCGACGUGGAGUAAUAAAGUAGAAAAGCGAAUCUUGGGCUCCAACGCCUUAUGGCUGAGAAGAAACCGGAAAACGCUCAGAUAAGACAAAGAGGUGAUUAAAAGUAUGGUGUAGUGUAAACUGUUCAAUAUACAUACUCGUAUUUACUGAGCAGCUUUUUCAUAGAUAAAAUUGUUUAAUUACUUACUAUAGUAUGUUUGAUGUUAAAGAUCGACAGUAUAAUUUUUACAUGGAUCUAUCUUACGCCAUAUUCUCAUAAGUCAUAUGUCUUGCGCAUGAGUAUCGCUAAAGAUAUGCUUCUUGUCACUUAGGAGUUGGCACAAACAGCAAAUUAAAAAAUAUAUUAAUGGGUAUAAAAAAAAAUAUGAUAAAUACUACAAUUUUUGUCGAUAAUUGUGUGAUUCCAAUCUCGGAAGCUUCCAAUACAAUUAUAAUAUACAAAAUGCUAUUCAAUGAUUGGAAUUUCGCGCCACGAAAAAAAUGCUUCACUAGUUCCAGAAGUCACGGGAGAUUCUCUAGAGGAGACAAUAUUAGAGCGGACAUCACUCUGGAAUCAAAUUCUUCGGACGACCUCGGUGGCGCAGUGGUAAAGUGCUUGCCUCUGAACCGAGAGGUCCCGGGUUCGAUCCCCGGUCGGGUCAUGAUGGAAAAUGAUCUUUUUCUGAUUGACCCGAGUUUUGGAUGUUUAUCUAUUAAUGUAUUUGUUAUAAAAUAUAGUAUCGUUGAGUUAGUAUCCCAUAACACGAGUCUCGAACUUAUUUUGGGGCUAGCUCAAUCUGUGUGUUUUGUCCUAAUAUAUUUAUUUAUUAUUUUUAGAAAUAAAUUCUAUAAUAAUAGGAGCCAGACGGCCAUAUAAAUUAGUCAUGUCCUGACAAGAUAAACAAAACGACUAUGGAAAAAUAUAAAUAAAAUAUAGUUAAAUAUAAUAACUGGCGGCAGCGGUCAGUUACCGUCGAGCGAUCAAAUUUACGUCUAAUAGUUUUAUUCCAGAAUCAAGUUCGCUGAAAUAGUUCUCUAGAGACACCUCUCGGAUUAGAAGCGUUAAGUAUUAUUGGCUGAAAAAUGAUGUGUGAUUAACAGCACUAUUGUCGUGUUAGUAAUUGUGUAGAUAAGCACCGUAUGAUAUUUUUUUUU